AUGAUGAAUGCAAUUCAAAGUCAAUUCUAUAUACCAGGUCUUAAAACAACUGUUAAAAAAUGUGUUCACCAUUGUUUAGUGUGCGUCCGUUAUAAGCAAAAGCUGAAGUCUCAGAUUAUGGCAGCUCUGCCCCCGGAAAGAUGCUCCUUUUCUUUACCAUUCACUUAUGCGGGUGUUGAUUUUGCGGGACCUUUUCAGAUAAAAUCAGCUAUACAUUUGGAAGCGUGCUCUAGCUUAUCCUCCGACGCGUUUUUAGCAGCUUUCCCACGGUUUACGGGUAGAAGAGGGUUGCCUAAACGCCUUAUGUCCGAUAAUGGCACAAAUUUUCUCGGCGCCAGUAGAUCGUUGCGAAAGGAAUCUCUCUUAUUUUUACGAAAAUCGGCAGAAGAUAUAAGUAAAGAAUAUGCAGUCCAUGGUUUUGAGUGGAAGUUCAUUCCACCUAGUGCUCCACAUAUGGGAGGUCUUUGGGAGGCUGGUGUAAAAAGUUUUAAGAUUCACUUUCAGAAAAUAGCCGGCAACCAAAAGUUUAACUUUGAAGAGUUUUCGACUCUAUUAACCCCGAAUUGA